AUGACUGUCAUUCCUCCUCUCAAAGACACAAAGUUAUUCAAGCCCAUCAAGGUUGGUAAUGUUGAGCUCAAGAACAGGCUUGUUCAUGCUCCCACCACCAGAUAUAGAGCUUCUGACGCCCAUGUUCCUACCGAUUCGUUGCUCACCUACUACAAGCUACGUGCAGAGAACAAUGGAGGUUUGUUAAUCUCUGAAGCAACCUUUGGAGACGACACCUUUGGUUUGUACAACAAUAUCCCUGAGAUCAAGACUCCUGCACAGGUUGAGGGCUGGAGACAGGUGAUCGAGGCUGUCCACAAGGAAGGUUCCUUCUUUACGAUCCAGCUGUGGAACCUCGGUAGAGCUGCCGAUCCGAAGGUGAACAAGGAAAGAGGACUGCCGUUCGUUGCUCCAUCUGCACUUUAUUUUGACGAAGAGAGCGAAAAGGCCGCCAAGGAGGCUGGAAACGAGGUUCGUGCACUUACGAUUCCUGAGAUCGAGGCAUACGUUAAGGAGUACGGUGAAGCAGCCAAGAGAGUUAUCUACGAGGCCAAGGCUGAUUUCGUCGAGCUCCACGGAGCACACGGAUACUUGCUGGAUCAGUUCAACCAGCCUGAGGCCAACGAGAGAACCGAUAAGUACGGAGGCUCUAUCGAGAACCGUGCGCGGUUCUUACUCGAGUCCAUCGACGCCGCUAUUGACGCCGUGGGAGCAGAGCAUGUUGGUGUCAGAUUGUCGCCAUACGCCAAAUUCCAAGGUACCAAGGGUGUCGACUCCAAGACUCAUCCAAUUGCCUUUUUCGGCUACGUUCUGAGUGAGCUCGAGAAGAGAGCCAAUGAGGGAAAACGGUUGGCUUAUGUUUCUGUGGUGGAACCUCGUGUCAGCGGAAACGCCGAUAGCAAAGACACCAGAGAGUUCAACACUUCGUGGAUCAGAGAGGUCUGGAAAGGUGUUUUGAUCCGUUCCGGUGCAUACUUGAACGAAAACUACAAGUUCUUGCAACAUGAUAUUGAAGCUGACGAUCAACUGCUGAUUGGUGUUUCAAGAUACUACACCUCGAACCCAGACUUGGCAGAAAGGCUCAGAAACGGAUGGGAGCUCAACAAGUACGAGAGACCACUCUUCUACAAAGUGCUCUCCAAUGUGGGCUACAUCACGUAUCCAAAACACGGCGAAGAGGCCUCCAAAUACAAGCAUUUGGAAUCGGUGCAGCCCAAACCUUUGGCUUAG